GGCGGACGAGCUAAAUCCAGGAGAGUAAAUAAACCGAGGCUCCUGUGCGCCGGGGAACCGCCACCUUAAAACAAGCAGCGAUGAUUCUGUCCGGGAGUCGGAAAGCCAUUUCUGCUGCAUCGCUGCUGAUGAGAAGUGAAAGCAGGCGUGCAGACAGCAUUGUAAACACCGUCAGGCGCAGUCACAGCUCCUAUGAUGUGGCGGUGGUGGGGGGGGGCAUAGUGGGUCUGGCCACGGCCCGGGAGCUGAUCCUGAGACACCCCUCGCUGAGCUUCGUCGUCCUGGAGAAGGAGAAGGAGCUGGCGGUGCAUCAGAGCGGUCACAACAGCGGGGUGAUCCACAGCGGGAUCUACUACACGCCAGGCUCUCUGAAAGCCAGGCUGUGUGUGCGCGGCGCCACGCUGGCAUACCAGUACUGUGAGCGGAAGGGCAUCCCAUACCAGCGCUGCGGGAAGCUCAUCGUCGCUGUAGAGCAGGAGGAGAUUCCUCGGCUCAAGGCGCUAUAUGAGCGCGGCCUGCAGAACAACGUCCGUGAGCUCAGGAUUAUCGACGCCAAGGAGAUCCGUGAGAGAGAGCCGUACUGUCGUGGUCUGAUGGCGCUCGACUCCCCUUACACUGGCAUUGUGGACUGGCGGCUGGUGGCCCACACCUAUGGCAAGGAGUUCCAGGAGUUGGGCGGGGCCGUCAUCAUAGAAUUCGAGGCUGCGGAUAUCAGGAUGGCAUCGGAGAGCCCCGAGGGCACAGCAGACGGAAUGAAGUAUCCUAUAUUAAUCAAAAGUUCAAAGGGGGAGGAGGUGCGCUGCCGCUAUGUGCUGACCUGCGGAGGGCUCUACUCAGACCGGCUUUCCCAGAUCUCUGGCUGCAGCUCCGAGCCUCGUAUCGUCCCCUUCAGAGGAGACUACCUGGUGCUGAAGCCAGAGAAGCACUACCUUGUCAAAGGCAAUAUCUACCCUGUCCCGGACCCUCGGUUCCCCUUCCUCGGGGUUCACUUCACCCCCCGGAUGGACGGCAGCGUCUGGCUGGGACCCAACGCCGUCCUGGCAUUCAAACGGGAGGGCUACAGGCUGUACGACUUCAACAUGCGGGACUUCGCAGACGCGCUCAGCUUCAGGGGUCUGCGGAAGCUGGUCUACAGGAACCUCGUCUAUGGAGUGGGUGAGAUGUACAGGGGGAUCUUCAUCAGCGCUCAGGUGAAGCUGCUGCAGAAAUACAUCCCAGAGCUGUCCAUCAAUGAUGUGCUCAGGGGCCCGGCAGGGGUGCGUGCGCAGGCUCUGGAUCGCGACGGGAACCUGGUGGAUGAUUUCGUGUUCGACGGGGGGGUGGGUGCCAUCGGGAGCCGGGUCCUUCACGUGAGGAACGCGCCGUCACCCGCCGCCACCUCCUCCCUCGCCAUCGGAGAGAUGAUUGCCGACGAGGUGGAGAGCAGGUUCCAGCUGUAGAGACCCAGCCCGGUCUCUACAGUGGGUCUGUCGCAAACCCCCUCAGAACCCCCCUCCUUCACCACUGCCAUCAGCUGCAUUGGGGGGGGGGGGGCUACAGGGGCAGGGGGUUGUGUACAGACGGGACUGCAGCUUCGGAGGACUCAUGCCCUGAGGCCUUAGUAAUGCAACGGGAUGAGAGAAAGAUGAUGGGUGG